AAAUAAUUGAUAACCAUUUUAUUAAUAACCUACCUAUUUAUAUUUUGUCGUUAUUUGGAGAAGACCUAUAAAUUUUUUAAAAUGCAGAAUAUAGCAAUAACUAUAUUGUUCUGCUUACUUUCAGUGUUACAAUCAACUAAAUCCAAUAAUGAACAAUUUCCACCCCUAAGAACAUUCGAUAUUGAAAGCAAAGUCAAGGGAUUCGGUUAUCCGUUCGAGAAACAUUCUGUUACUACAGCAGACGGUUACAUAUUGGAGAUCCAUCGCGUUCAGUACAGUCCAAAGAGCAAAGAAACGAAUGGAAGACCCCCGGUUCUCAUCAUGCACGGGUUAUUGGGCUCCUCUGCUGAUUUCUUCCACGUUGGUGUUGGAAAUGCCCUGCCGCUAAGACUUUCCGACAUCGGAUACGACGUGUGGCUAGGAAACAGCAGAGGAAACUCGUGGAGUAGAAAUCACAAGACUUUGAACCCUGAUAAAAAUGACACUUUCUGGGAUUUCUGUUUAGACGAGUUAGGUACAGAAGAUGCUCCUGCCAUCGUCGAUUAUGUUUUAAAGGCGACAGGCACUCAGAGUUUGUCUUUCGUCGGUCAUUCCACCGGGGCUGCGGAAUUUUUCAUGCUGGCUUCGUCCAAAUCAGAGUACAAUAAAAAGAUAAACGCAAUGGCAGCUUUGGCUCCGGUAGUUUAUGUCAAUCACUCCAGCAGUAUUGUUUUGAACAUGAUCAAUGCCAAUGACUACACAGCAGUGCUGGCUUUAGAAAAGACGUUAAAACUAAACGAGUUUUUACAACAUAACUUUGCCGUGGAAGCUGCACUCUAUUUUCUCUGUAAAGACGAUUCCAAAUAUCAAAUGCUAUGCGAAACAGCUUUGUUCCUUCUUCAAGGAUACGACCCAAAAGAAUUAGAUAAGAAUGUUAUGUACGAUUUCCUGCUAUCGUUUCCGGCAGGAACGUCGAUUAAACAGGUGAACCAUUUUCUGCAAACAAAAAUUUCGGGAAAACUUAGAAAAUUCGAUUAUGGAAUUAUUAAAAAUUUAGAUGUCUAUAACCAAAGAAGUCCACCAGAAUAUGAUUUUUCCAAUAUAUCAGUUCCUAUCGGCCUUUUUUAUGGUCAAAACGAUUUGAUUGUUACCAAACCCGAAAUCGAUGAAUUGGCAAGCAAACUGAAAAAUGUGACUACAUUUGAAAUACCCUACCCGAGAUUCACCCAUUUGGAUUUUCUGUUAGCCACAGACCUUGACUCUUUAUCAAAUGUUUACGUAAUGAACUAUCUCAAUCAGUACAAUGGACUUGAUCCAAUUCCUACAACAACAAGUACAACUUCUCCAACAACUAGUACAACUUCUGCAGCAACUAGUACAACUUCUGCAACAACUAGUACAACUUCUGCAGCAACUAGUACAACUUCUGCAACAACUAGUACAACUUCUGCAGCAACUAGUACAACUUCUGCAGCAACUAGUACAACUUCUGCAGCAACUAGUACAACUUCUGCAACAACUAGUACAACUUCUGCAGCAACUAGUACAACUUCUCCAACAACUAGUACAACUUCUGCAGCAACUAGUACAACUUCUGCAACAACUAGUACAACUUCUACGACUCCAGCAACUGGUUCUUCAUACUAUUGGACAGCCUCUCUUGUACUUAUUAUGACCGAAUGCAUUUACUUCGGAUUCUUUUAUUAUGUAUGAGCUUUAUUACCCUUAGGCAUUCAGUUUAAUAAAAUAAUUUGAAUCAACUUUAUAGGUAUAAUACAAUAAUUU